GAACAAAAUAUACAAACUUACCGACAGCAUUCGGUGAAACCUAAGUAUUCCUGUAACCUGUAUUCAUACUUUUACCAAACAUAUAGUGUAUAUAUUUUCUUUAUAUUUGUCUAAUAUAUAAUAAAUUAACUAAUUAUUUAUUUGUAUGUGUAUUUUUUAGUCAAUGUUGUUAGUUGGGGAUUUUAUGAUUACACGUCGAAUACAUACUUUAUAUGAGUUUAUUAUAAAAGAAGAUAAUAAUAGAUAUACAACUAAAAUACUAAAUACAAUAUAGGUAAGUCUUCACUAGUUUGAAAUUCAAAAAAUGACACUAAAAAUGCUCAUGGAAUAAAAAAUAUAAACGCUGUCCUCGGUUCUAGAACAUUGUUUUCCAUGAUACUGUACUGCUUCGUAUUUGUAGGUUACGUUAUCUCUUUUUAGUCUAUCUGAUUAAUGUCUUUCAUUAGGUUCUGUUUCUUGUAGAAACCUCCAUUCCAUUUGCACGGCGAGUUUAUUUGGAUUUCGUCGUUAAUUUGUGAUUUUUCUUUCGCAUUAUGGUAAGUUAUCGAAAAUAGUUUAACGCUUUAAUGUUGGUUUUAAUUUGCUUAAUCAUUGUACUUCAACUUUUACGGAUUCGACUAGAUAAAGUUUACUGACUACUAAGAAACUAUUUAUUUGGACGUACUUAGACAGGUGUUAUUUUAAGUAUCUUGUAAUAAUUAAUUUUACUUUCAGGGUUUCGUUAAAGUAGUUAAAAACAAGCAAUACUUUAAGCGUUAUCAAGUCAAAUUCAAGAGGCGUCGUGAAGGUAAAACUGACUACUAUGCACGUAAACGUUUGAUUGUCCAAGACAAAAAUAAAUAUGACACACCUAAGUACCGUUUAAUUGUUCGUUUGUCUAAUAAAGAUAUUACAUGCCAAGUUAGUAUUUUAUUUUAUUAAACUCUGAGUACAACAAAUUUAUUCUAUACAUUUUAAAAUUCAGGUUGCACACUCUCGUAUUGAAGGAGACAAAAUUGUAUGUGCUGCAUACAGUCAUGAAUUACCCAAAUACGGUGUUAAAGUAGGUUUAACCAACUAUGCGGCUGCAUACUGCACUGGACUAUUAGUUGCUCGUCGAGUAAGAAAUAUCUUCUUUCAUCGUUUCACCUAUAUUUUUUUUAUCUAAUGUAUAUAUUUAGUUGUUGAAAAAACUUGGUUUGGACCGUUUGUAUGAAGGACUGAAAGAAGCUAAUGGUGAAGAAUACUAUGUUGAACCAGCUGACAAGGGGCCAAAUGCAUUUAGGUGUAAUCUUGAUGUUGGUUUGAUGAAGACAAGCACUGGUGCCAGAGUUUUUGGUGCAAUGAAAGGAGCAGUUGAUGGAGGUUUUAACAUUCCUCACAGGUAAAUUGUUAAAAUUAGACUAAUUUUUUUCUAAAAUGUAUAAAACUAAUUUUUGUUUUAGUGUAAAACGUUUCCCUGGUUACGAUGCUGAAUCCAAGGAAUACAAUGCUGAUACUCAUCGCAAGCACAUUUUGGGAUUGCAUGUUGCUGAAUACAUGCGUAAAUUAGAAGAAGAAGACGAAGAUGCUUUCAACCGUCAAUUUUCACAAUACAUCAAACUUGGCAUUGUUGCUGAUGAUGUAAGUCAAUUAAAUAUGAUUAAAUUAAUUUGCCUAAAAAACUUUAAAUAAUAAUGUUGAUUUCAAAAAAAAAAAAAACGUAUAUGUAUUUCUAUUUUCUUAAUCUUUAAGAGGAUGUUAUACCCGCGUAUUGGUCCUUGUAACAUACGUAAACAAUUUUUAUGCAGAAAAAGUUAAAAUAGUUUAAUUUUAAUUUUAGAGUAAAAUAUCUAUUAUGAAAUUUAUAGACAACAGUAUUUUGAAGGAAUUAUCAUAGAGUUUUUGUAUUCAAAGUAUACAGCUUGAUAUAAAAGAUACCUUAAUUAUUUUGCUUUUGUAAUAGUUCAUAAUUCAAUAAACACUGAUGACAUUCCCUUCAAAAUAUUGUUCUUUAUAAAUUUAAUAAUACGUACUUUUAUUAUUAUAAUAUUAAAUGGAGCAACCAAAAUUAAGAAUAAAGUAAAAACAGUAACAAAGUAACAUAAAGUUACAAACUCAUCCUAUGAGCCAAGCUUGUGUCGGAUGAGUUAAGUUCCUAAAUUAAAGUUAAUAAGGUAAAACAAAUGACAUAUAAAAUCAAAUUAAAUACAGAAUCAAAAAGUUAAACUAUUGUAUACAAAAUACAUAAUUUUUGUAAUGUUUAAAAUUAGUAAAAGAGAAGCAUUUAUGUAAUAAUAAAAUCCCUAUAUUGGACUAUAAUUCCCAAAUUUGGUUUUAUUAAAAGGUACAUUAAGGUUGUUAUUCAUUUUAAUCUUGUAUUAAAAGCAUGAGGUGGUUGAUAAUCACUAAUAAUAGAUUUAAUUUUAAACAUAAAUAAUAAAGUUUGACAUUCAUAUUGCAAAUUAAAAAUUUGAAUAUUUAGAUCAGAAUAUAAUAAAACAGUCUAAUAUAAUCUAGAUUUAUUUAAAAUAGUUUUAAUUAAAGAACUAAUAGUAAUAUUUAAGACAUUAAUAUGACUAGAAUAAGUACUAUCCCAUACCAAUGAACCAUAUAAGUAGACAGAUUAUACUUGAGCUAAAAUGACGAAUCUAGAUUUAAUCUAAGAUUUUAAGUCUAAUAUAUUAUGUAGUAUUUUAAAAUGUGUAAAAUAGUUUCUAAUUACAUUACAUAUGUUCUAAAAAUGUAAGCCUAUGAUCAAAAAUUAUACCUAGGUAUUUCACAUUAUAAACUCUUAUCUAAUUGAAUAUAUUUGCAAGGUACAUUUAAAUAUUUACAACUAUAAGAAUAUGGACUAAUAGAAAAGUUAGCGCUUAAAUUAUAAAUACCAUUGUUACAAAUAUUGAAAACUCAACAUAUUUAAAUUUACUUAAAUUUAACUGAAGAUUAUUAUUAUCACACCAUUGAAACUUACUAAAAAUUAGUUUUUAGUAUGUAUGUCUACAAUAUUCUUCUUGAGGUUGUCAACUGUGAAUCAAAAAUUUUUGAAAUUCUGUCAGAAGUAGUUGUAUCCCAGAAAUAAUAAUUUUUAAUUAGUGUUAAAUAGAUUCUAUAGCAUUUUCACAACAAAAUCUUGUAUUAAUUAUUAUUUUUUUUUUUUUUAAUGAAUUUGACUUGAAAUUAAAUAUUUUGAAGUGUGUAGUAAUGGUAAAAACAUAUGACUUAGAUUGAAGACCUGGGAGCUACAAAGAGAGACAUGUCUAAAAAAAAAACCUAAGAAUUUUUUAAAAAUAGAUUUUUUAGUUUUUGUGUUCAUAUAUCAUAUGCACUCAUAAAGAAUGCAUAAAUUGUAAUAAAGUUAAGGAAGCAAUAAAAUAGUGCUUAGAUAUAUCUUGUUAUUGCACCAUAAUUAAAUAUAAUUAUAUAAUUAUAAUAAUUAUUAUAAUAAAUUUUAGUUUUGGUGUUCACCUAUCUUGUUGCACCAUUAUGUGCUACAAUAUUUGGAGUAACAGCAAGAUGAGUCCAUUUGUGUUAUAAUUUCAUAAAUAAUGGUCAGACAUGUCUGAUUGUUGCACCAAUCGAUGAGUUAUUUUUUUUCUAUCCAAUUCAAUAAAAAAGUGGUUUUGUCCAAAAAUUGGACAUCAUGUCUUGUUGUUGCCUCCAGGUAUUCAAUUGAAGUAUUAUUUCUCUUUUUUGACUAUUAAUAUCUUCAUAAGUUAUAAGUAGGAAACUGAUUUAUACAUACUUAAAGUCCACCAAAAAGUACUUUAAAUAUUUAAAAAAGUGGUAAAGAGGUUUUAGAGUCCCAACUAUAAUGGUUCUAACCCUAUUAAAUACAAUUUUCUAAGACUGACAAAUGGUUAACUCAAAUAUUUUGCAAUAAUCGUUUUGUUAGUGUUAAAAAAUUAUUAUUAAGUAAUAACUAAUAAAGUUUCAUUUGCGAAUCAUUACGAUUAUAUAGUACUUAAUAAUCAUAAACAAUAUCUACAUAAUAUCCUAUUCAUGUUUUCGAGGUUUUUUUUUUUUAAAAUAAAAUAUGUUAUAGACCGUUGAAAUGUAAGCCACUAUUAUUCAAACCAAACAAUUCAUAAUAUAGGACCAAAUUACUUUAAUAAUAAAUUUUAAAUUUGCGAAUGGGUUAUUUGUGUCAAUAAGCACUAUAGAAAAUCUUAUUUUAUCCAGUACCUGACAAUGGUUCAUCAGUGAAAAAUAGUGAUUUGACUUUGUGUUAUUUAUUCUUCAACUUGCAAUAUUUAACCGAUUAGCACUAACCAACAAAAUUUAGUUUAUUUGAAGCAAAUUUAAAGCAGAUUAAAAAUAAAAACAGUGUUAUUAAUACUUGUUAAUGAAAUUAUAUGGUGCCAUUAAAAAUUCAAAAGGGGGUAGUGGUUUCACCAUCACUCCUAAACAUGGGUGGUAAAGGUACAUUAGGGUAAUUUAACAUACCUUAACAGCUACUUUUUUUUUCUCAAAUAUUCUAAAAUAAAUAAAUUCUUUCCAAGAUAAUGAGUAUCUUACAUUUUAUUAUUGAUCACUCUGUCUACCAUGGAACAAAAUUCAAAAAAACCUUAUUAAAUGUGAACAUGAAAAAAAUUACAAUUACAAGCUAUUAAUAUAAGCUAAAAUGCUUAAAAUUUAUUUUACAAUAAGAAUUAGCUUUGAUCUUUAAAUCGUGAAUGUAAUUUUAAUACUAUAAAUUGCUUUUUCAACCAUCCCUUCUUUCAAGAAAAUAGAAAAAAUGUCAUACCAUAUUAAUAUUAUAGAUUUUAUCUAUGUCUAUAGUUAAAUUGCUUUUGAGUUAUAUCAAUCAAACUUAACAAUAUUUAUUAAAUAUUAUAUUAAUUUAACUGUGAUUAAAGGUAGCAUUAGUUUUUAAACUUUUCUGUUAUGUUUUUGUUCUUUUAAUUGAUACUUAAAAAUGAGUUCAUGGAAAAAAUAGAAUAUAUAGUAUAAAUGUUUAAUACUAAAGUAAACUGAACAUUUUCAAAUUUAAUUCAAUUGAAUUGAUCAUUUAUAAAUAUUUUUAUUAAUACAUACAUACAAUAUUAAAUGUUUAACAGCCAAUCAUUAAUCAACUUUUUGAAAAUUAAUUUUAUUUAAUUUUUUCAUUUAAAUACAUUUUUAUAGUUUUAGGUUUAAAAAAAAUAUAAUAUUAUUUGACCAAGGCCAAUUUUUGCCUAUCUUUCUACUUAUAAGAUCAUAAUUUCAAUUUUAAUAGAUUAAUAAUACUAUUUUAAACAUAUAUAUAUAUAUAUAUAUAUAUAUAUAUAUAUAUAAGUACAUGAAACCUAUUUAAUUUGAAUUUUUUUUAUUUUUAUUAUUAUUAUUGUUAUUUACUUUUGUAGUUGGAAAAUAUGUACAAGAAAGCUCAUGAAAAUAUUCGUAAUGAUCCAAAACGAGAGAGAAAGCAGCAGAAGAAGGAUGAUGAACUACCCAAGAAACGCUGGAAUGCUAAGAAAUUGACUAAUGCUGAGCGUAAACAACGUGUUGUAGAAGCCAAAGCUGCGUAUCUUAAAGAGUUACAAGGCGAAGAAAUGGAACCUUAAACCGUUUUUAUGUUUUGAGUGGAUUAUUACAAUAAAGCAUAUAAAA